CUUAAAAGAAAACGAAAGAAAGAACACAAAAAAAACUGUUUCUUUAGUCUCUUCUUCUUCUUCUAGGACAUUGAUCGGAUCGGAUCUACAAAUAGCUACUGAUUUGUCUAUGAUCAGGAAUUGUGUCGAACACCUUCAAUGGAUUCUUCUUCAUCAGUCGUUUACGUUGGUUCAUCAUCCAAACCCAGAAACCUUCCAGCCAAAUCCAAAGGUUCGAUUACAUCUUUUUCAAUCGAUUCAAGAAGCACCAAGAAAUCAGAACGGCCAUUGAAGAAGGCGUUAAUACCAGAACCAGAAACAACUUCCCCUGAAGUUAUAGAAAGUUCUGAAUCCUCUGUUUCAGCUGAAUCCGAAACACCAAUUUCGAUUAUACGUAAGAAGAAACAAUCAGAGCCAAGAUAUUACCCUAGCCCAACGAACACGUUUUACACAGCGCCACUCUACACGGAAGCAAAACAGAGCUUUACCAACACAGAAGUCAGUGAAUGUGCAAGCAUAUGCACUAUCGGUAUAGGCGGUAUCGAUUUGGAGAAGAAUGGUGUAAUGAUAUACAGAGGAAGUACAGGGAGUGAUGUUAGUGACGAGAGUAGCUUGAGUAGUAUGAGUAAUGCAGCUUAUAAGCCACAUAGAGCUAAUAACGAUAAGCGUUGGGUUGCGAUACAGGAGGUUCGGUCUCGGGUUGGUUCGUCGCUUGAGGCUAAAGAUUUCAAGCUGAUGAAACGGCUUGGAGGAGGUGACAUUGGGAAUGUUUACUUAGCUGAGUUGAUUGGAACUGGAGUGAGUUUUGCUGUGAAAGUUAUGGAGAAAGCAGCUAUUGCAGCGAGGAAGAAGCUUGUUAGAGCUCAGACUGAGAAAGAGAUACUUCAAUCGUUAGAUCAUCCGUUCUUGCCUACGCUUUAUUCACAUUUCGAAACAGAGAAUCAUUCUUGUUUGGUUAUGGAGUUUUGUCCUGGUGGUGAUUUACAUUCUCUCCGGCAAAAACAGCGUGGAAAGUACUUCCCUGAGCAGGCUGCUAGGUUUUAUGUUGCUGAAGUUCUUCUUGCUAUGGAGUAUCUACACAUGCUUGGGAUCAUAUACAGAGACCUUAAGCCUGAGAAUGUUUUAGUUCGUGAAGAUGGACAUAUAAUGCUAUCCGAUUUCGAUCUCUCCCUGAGAUGUGCAGUCUCUCCAACGUUGGUUCGUUUCGCAGCAAUCACGCUCGAGUCCAAAAGCUCAAGCUACUGUAUCCAGCCAACAUGUGUAGACCAAUCGAGCUGCAUUGUUCAACCUGACUGCAUCCAGCCAGUGUGUUUCACUCCUCGGUUCUUGUCUAAAGGAAAGCACAAGAAGAAGUCGAACGAUAUGAGCCGCCAAAUCAGACCGCUCCCCGAGCUUAUCGCUGAACCGACUAGCGCAAGGUCAAUGUCGUUUGUUGGUACACACGAGUACUUAGCACCAGAGAUUAUCAAAGGAGAAGGCCACGGAAGCGCGGUUGACUGGUGGACAUUCGGGAUUUUCCUCUAUGAGCUUCUAUUCGGGAUAACACCGUUUAGAGGAGGCGAUAACAGAGCAACACUCUUUAACGUAGUUGGACAGCCAUUGCGGUUUCCCGAGCACCCAAAUGUGAGCUUUGCAGCUAGAGACUUGAUCAGAGGAUUGCUAGUGAAAGAGCCUCAGCACCGGUUGGCUUAUAGAAGAGGAGCUACUGAGAUUAAGCAACAUCCGUUUUUCCAAAGUGUGAAUUGGGCUUUGAUCAGAUGCACCAGUCCACCACAGAUCCCUCAACCGGUUAAACCAAUGGAUCAAGCUCCUAGUCUUCGUCAUGGUCUUAGUCAAGGACAUGGACAUGGUGUUCAUGAUAAUAAGCCUCCUACUGUGGAUGUGAAGCCUUCUGGUAAUUAUUUGGAAAUUGAUUUCUUCUGAUUUGUGGUUGGUUCAAUCUUGUACCGGCGUAUUAUGAUUUUACUUUUGGGGUUUGUGUCUAGAUUUUGUGUUUUAGUGAUGUGUUUGGUCUUACCAAAUAUUUGACUGUUGUGUUCUUCACAUUGUGGUGAGGUUGUAUCUAGUUUUUCCAAUACAUAUAUUCAAAACAAGUUUCUUUUAAUGCAAAUAUGGAAAUGUAAAUUUAAUCAUCAAUAGAUGUUUCUUUCAAUCA